AUGUCAGUUUGGUCACAAGCCUGCGUGAUCAGACAGUUCAGAAUGAAUACCCGCACUGCCGCUACAUGCCAGACGAAGAAGUAUAGGCACUUCCUGUUUUACACCAAGUUCCUGAGAACUCAUGCUACGGGUGGCCACGGAUGGCGAUUAAAGCUGAAAGGAGUAUGUGAAUUUCUCUUUGACACGGAUGUUGGUAGUUCGGAGCCUUGGAGCAUGGUUAUCAUUUAUUUACGGUGUCCAAUUUUCUCCCGUCAUGUACCUUACGAGAAAGGCACCCAUUCGUGGAUGUACUUAAAGGUUGGAUACGGGUAUCCUAUUGCGCGUAUCACCCUCUUCGCCUUCUUUGUUGGCAUCUAUAAAUGGCUCGGCCUCCUUCUUGAUGACGAGGCUGCCAACCAUCUCCCCGAGUUCCAGAUGUUUCAUGAACGUUUUGCCGCUGGCGAGAAGCAGCCCAUACCUCUGCUCCAAGGAUGGGCUGAAUUAAUGACAUUGGCGUUCAAGCAGUGGGCUCCCUUAGUUGCCAACUUUAUUGUUUCCUCAUUUCUGAAUUUCUUGAACGCCAAUGUGCUCGAAGCCCGGAAGGAAUUUAGCUGGGCUUGGUUCCUCCGCGACAAGGAUGGAGUCGGAGAAGCAUAUACCUGGUUCACGUUUCCCAAGGCCCUUUACCCUGAUAUGUCCUCUUUUUUGGAGGUGAUACCAGGUCUUGCUACAUGGGUUGGACUCACUAAUGAAAUACUUUCGGGAUGGUAUGAGGAUAAGGAGGCCUACUUCACUCGGCCGCCCACUGUGAUCCUCUGGUGCGGCCAUUAUCAGACAGGAAUCGCGGCAAACGACCUAGCCUUAUGGAGAUCUGCCGAGAUGUGUUCAUCCAAGGGCGAACACAAAAGGAUUGUGUGCGAUUCUCGUUGGAUACUUCGUACCAUUUGGUGGUGCCCAAAACAACUGGAAGGAAUUACCCACAUCAACGAGACGUCGACGAUGAAAGAAAUUCUGAAUAUGGCUCCUGCGAUCAAGGGUAAACCACUCUCAUACAAGCUCGCCACAACUUAUCUGCCACACAAACACCAAGACUUUGAGUUUCCCACGAUCACUAUGAGGACCGUGGACUGUAUCAACCUGCCUCAAAUGGUGAUCCGCGUUGACGACAAAAUGAAGUUCGCGAUUGCUUCCUCUGCUAUCGUGAUCUUCCUUGGCACAGCUUCGGCUGUUGAAUUAGUCUGCUACGGCACUGGAGUCCCCUCGCCCAUCGGAAAAGGUGACAUCGAGUACGCCAUCAGGAACCGCCCCAAGGAUGUUGCUAUUAUCACAACACCUAGCAAUAAGUAA